AUGGAGGGCCAGAUCUGCCGCAACAACCCCUACACGCUGGACAUCGCAUGGGAGGGUCUCACUGAGAACUGCAACGGCUGGUACAAGUUGACGGCCUCUCGGUGCAUGCGGAAGUGCCUGGACAACGCCAACGCCCCGUCCUGUCCGAGCUCUCCCACCGGCAAGUGCAUCGCGUUCUAUCCAGCCCUUCGAUGGAAGGCUUCCGCCCUGCUUUGGAGCAGGAUGCGCACCACCACCACCACCACUCGGGGGGAUCCAGGGUAUGGGCCGAUGCGCGGGAUGCAGUUGUGCAUGGUGUCCCGCGGGAGCGCCCGAAACGAUACACACCACCACCACCCCUGA